UGCAUCUGGCAUGGUUUAUUCAAUUGAGAAAAAAAAAAGAGAAACCCUUGGAACAUUUUCCGCAAAUCCUUGUAUCCAACCUAGAUCCUUGUAUUAAAAUAUCCGAACCAUCCAUUUUCCCUCCAAAAUCCAUUCCCGUAUCUCAUAUCUCUCUUCAAACCCAUCAAGAAUAAAGAUUCCUCUCACUAAUUAACACCACCACUACCAUCUUCUUGUUCUUCAAGAAUCAUCCAUCGAGAUGCCAAACCCUUUCUCCAUCUUCUCUAUCAGCAAGAGGCCAUCAACAAUUCCAUUUAAAGAAUACUACACAGACUGGUUCAACACUCUCAAGAACCCACUCCUUCCACUGCUGCAUCAAACCCUAUGUUCUCCUUCCUCUCCAGCACUUCUCUCUUCCCAUUUUAACCUCCUUCUCCACCACUUACUCUCUUACUAUGACUCUCUUGAUCUUGCUGUAACCACUGACCCGAACAAUCUGCCCUACCUUCUUUUCCCUUCUUGGAAAAACUCCCUUGAGAAACCCUUUCUUUUUCUUGGUGAUCUUCACCCUUAUACCUUCACUAACCUCAUUCGGUCUUUUCUUGAUCAAGAAAACAAUUCUGAUGAUGAAAAUAUCAGGGAUGUGGUUUUUGAUCGUCCUUGGCCAGUCAUAAUGGCCUGGAAAGACCCUUCAAGGAAUUUGAUAAAUAAGAUUGAACAAAUUGAAUGUGGGUUGAGGUUAAUUGUGCCUGCUCUUAUGGAUAGGUAUAAAAGGGCACAAGCUGGUUUUGUGGGUAGACUUGCAGAGGAUUGGGUUGCUUUUGAUGGAAAGAAGGAGAAAGUUGAGAUUAGGGAGGCAAUGAAGGUGGAAAUGGAGGAAUUAGUGAGUGUCUUCAUCGAUGCUAAUAGGUUAAGGAGAAGUGUAAUAUCUGACAUUGUUGGUGCAUUAAAUUUGUAUCAAGGGGCUGUGUUUGUUGAAGGUUUAGCCCAAUUUCUUGUUGGGUUUAAAGAACCUGAUUUGCUUCGUGAAUUUGAGAAGUGCAAGAUUCCUAUUAGUGAUCGAGUUCGAAGAAAUGGGUUUUGAUUCUAAUUAUCUUUUGUUAAUUCUGGAUUCUGCUACCAUCUUAGCUUUGUAUUUGGUUUCUUGUCUGCAGGAGAAUUUACCAAUGUAGUCACUGUAAUGUAGGAAGUGAUACUUGAAUUUGCAAACAUUCAGUGGCUUGAAUUUGUAACCGUAGUUUAUAAUGGACAACAAUGCCAUGGAAUUAAUUGUCAUUUAUUAUAAUCUCUACUUGU